AUGGUGUCCAACAACACUCUUGUAUUCGCGGAACCUGCCGUGGGAAUCCCGGUUGCCGGCAAGAAUAUCAAACUGGUUGACAGACCACUGGACUUGGACAAAGUGCCUUCAGGUGGCUUCGUGGCACGAGUGCUAUACUCGUCAUACGAUCCGUACCUCCGACACAAGUUGGUGCCGGCCGAAGCAGCUCGGGAGUUUGUACCUUUCGAUGUCGGGGCCCCCAUCGUCAAUGGAGCCGUUGUCGAGGUUCUCAAAGUUGACCAGUUGUCGGGUUUCAAAGUCGGAGACAACCUGGUCGGCAUGACUCCCAUUGCGGAAUACGCGAGCGUCGACGAGGCCGAAGCAAAACAGUUCAACCCGAUUCAGAAUCCCUACGGCCUAGACGUGAAGCUGUUCCUAGGCGCGCUGGGCUUGCCCGGCAUCACGGCAUACUCUUCUCUCUACGAGGUCGCCAAACCGAAGUCGGGCGAGACCAUUUUCAUCUCGGCCGCCAGUGGUGCGAUUGGUCAACUCGUUGGACAGCUGGCGCUGCGAGAAGGCCUCACGGUGAUCGGGAGCGUUGGAAGCGAUGAGAAGCUCGACAUCAUCAAAAAGCAGUUCGGUUUCCACCACGGUUUCAACUACAGAACAACCACCGAUAUUGUUGGAGAGUUGAAACGUCUUGCACCGCAAGGCAUUGACAUCUAUUACGAUAAUGUGGGCGGCGAGCAGUUGGAAGCAGCCAUCACGGCCCUGAAAGACUGGGGUAGAAUAGUUGCUUGUGGUGCCGCUUCACAGUACAGCAUCCCUUAUGACAAGCAGUAUGGGAUCCGCAAUACUGGAGUCGUCAUCUCCAAGCGCAUCAGAUGGCAGGGCUUCACAGUCUUCGACGACGGAUUUUGGAACAAGUAUGGCGCAGAACACCAAAAGAACGUCCAGGAAUGGCUCAAAGAUGGUUCCUUGAAAGCUGUUAUGAGCACGACACACGGCAUCGACAAUGCCGCAGACGGACUGAUAAGUCUAUUCAAGGGCGAGAACGUCGGCAAAGCCAUCCUGGAGGUUAGUGCCCCAUAG